AUGGCGACCGCCGCGGAGCAGUGGGUUCUGGCGGAGAUGGUCCAGGCGCUUUACAAGGCUCCUGCUUACCACCUUAUUUUGGAAGGCAUUCUAAUUCUCUGGAUAAUCAGACUUCUGUUCUCUAAAACAUACAGAUUACCAGAACGAUCUGAUCUUACAGUCAAGGAAAAGGAAGAAUUGAUUGAAGAGUGGCAGCCAGAACCUCUUGUUCCUCCCAUCUCGAAAGACCAUCCUGCUCUCAACUACAACGUCGUUUCAGGGCCUCCAUUCCACAACACUGUGGUGAAUGGAAAGAAAUGUGUCAACUUUGCCUCCUUUAAUUUCCCGAGAUUGUUGGAUAACGCUCGGGUUAAGGCGGCAGCUUUGGCGUCUCUGAAGUAUGGCGUGGGGACUUGCGGACCUAGAGGAUUCUAUGGCACGUUUGAUGUGCACUUGGAUUUGGAAGACCACCUGGCAAAAUUCAUGAAGACAGAAGAAGCCAUCAUCUGCUCCUACGGGUUUGCCACCAUAGCCAGUACAAUCCCCGCUUACUCCAAGAGAGGCGACAUUAUGUUUGUGUGUGUAACUUUACCUGUGUUGCCAGUCAGAGUUCCUCUGGAGAUAAUGGUGAUCUUCCUGGAGAAUUCCUUUGUUAGAGGUUAUCUGCCUUAGAUUCCUCGCAUGGCUCGGGUCACUCGACAUUUCAUCGUCAUGGAAGGGCUAUAUAUGAACAC